CACCGACGGCGGUGGAGACGACGAUGGAUGUCGAAUCGUUCGGCUCCGUCAGCUGACGGCGAUGUUGAAGCUCGCCACGGGCGCGCUCUUGGAAACCGUCGCAAACUCGUCGCAUCGCGCAACUCCGCCAGCAUCGAGUGCAGUGCUGCUGCGACCGCACAGUCGACAACUGGGCAGCGACUCCAGCAACAUCGACCGGCCAACGACGGCGAACGACGAAGGAGCGACCUCCCGGAGCUCCGAAUCGAGUAGAGAAGGCUGCAAGAGCGCCGAUUCGGCGCCCAAGGAGCCCCCGGUACCGCCCGGAGAGGAAGAGUGCUGCGGCACCGGUUGUUCGAAUUGUGUGUGGCUAUUGUACGCCGAAGAGUUGGUCGACUACUACAGGGACAACGGCGCCCGGGCGGCCCAAGAGGUCGCCAAGAUACCCGACCCCAACGUGCGCCAGUUCGUCAAAACCGAGCUAGACCACAUGCUGAAAUCCGAGAAGUGAAAAUCAUUAUUGCCCUGGCUGUGACGUCGUAGCGGAAAUGGGACGUCGAUGUAAGAAAACGCGCUUGAUUUAAUAUAAUUAAAUUGUGCUGGUCCGCCGC